UUAAAUCAGACGAAAUAAGCAAAAAGGAGGAGAAAACUGACAUCAAUUCUUUACCAAAUGGUGAAAUCCAUCAUGGCGACGAUAAAGUUGAAGAUGUGAACGAUAGCGAAGUCUCCGUUCCUUCCACGGAGGUUAAAGAUUAAGAUGUUAUUGAUACAGUUAUCAUGAAUAAAGUAUCAAUGGUUGAAGAGAAGAGUGUAAAAGAUGUUGUUGAUGGUGUCAGUGAUGCUGUGAACGAUGACACAAAACAAGAUUUAGUCGAAACAACAGUUGACACUAAUGUCUCGGGGUCUGUUGAUAAAGAACAGCCUUUAAAUGACUCAGACGAGUUGAACAAUGCUGCUGUAGAUGACUUGCCUUCUAAGACUUCUUCAAAUGGCAAUACAAAAGACAAUAUAGGUGAAGAAAGUGAAGAAUCAGCGAAGAUUGCCAAAGAAAAACACCUCGAUGGAAGUUCAAAUGUUAAUGACGAGUCCGUUAAUGGCGAUUCCCCAGUUGUAACUGAGGUACAAGAUGUUAGUGAUCCAUCUGAAUCCAAAGUAAUCCCACCAAAUAGCGUUGAUGUUGAUUCAAAAGCAAAGACAAAUAACUCGACAACUAGCGAAGUUUCAGAGCCCAAGGAGGAUGACGGGAAUGAAACUGCACGAAGUUCCGUCUCCGAGUCACAGUCUAAUAUGCCCAGCGAGACGUCAAGUGAAGGCAAGCCACCUCAACAAAGUUUUUCUCAUAUCACUCAGAAGGAUGCAUUCUUAGUGUUUAGGUCAUUGUGUAAACUAUCGAUGAAACCGCUUGCGGAAGGACCAUUGGAUCCCAAAUCGCUUGAGCUCAGAUCUAAAAUUCUCUCACUGGAGUUGCUGUUAACUUGUCUACAAAGUGCCGGACCUGUUUUCCGUACUCAUCCAAUGUUUAUCAACGCUAUAAAACAAUAUUUAUGCGUCGCAUUAUCAAAGAAUGGCGUCUCAUCUGUUCCUGCUGUGUUUGAACUAUCGUUGGCAAUCUUUCUCACACUUUUGUCAUACUUCAAGACACAUUUGAAAAUGCAGAUUGAAGUGUUCUUCAAAGAUAUUUUCUUAAACAUUUUGGAAACCUCGACAAGUUCUUUUCAACAUAAAUGGAUGGUGAUGGGGACUUUAACUAGAAUAUGUUCAGACGCACAGACGGUCGUUGAUAUAUAUUUAAAUUACGACUGUGAAUUGGCUUUGUCGAAUAUCUUUCAAAGAUUGAUCAAUGAUUUGUCUAAAGUUGCCCAAGGACGUCAAGCUAUUGAAUUAGGAGCGACACCAGUUCAAGAACGCAGUAUUCGUAUCAAAGGUCUGGAAUGUCUCGUUUCUAUUCUUAAAUGUAUGGUAGAAUGGAGCAGGGAUCUUUACUUUAAACCUGAUUCUCAGGUGGACGAUAAUUUUGAUCUGGUUGAUGGUGCACCAACAAUUUCUCGAAAAGGAAGCACCGAGGAGAAUGAAAACGGAGGGGAACCCGGUGAUUUACAAUCUCAAAAAACGGGGGUAGUCAGUCGUCUCUUAAUAGUACAAAAGCCAUCGAUAAUGCUCAAGAAUUUGAGAGUCUUAAACAGAAGAAGGAGACGAAAGAAAAGGGAAUUCAAUUAUUUAACAAGAAUCCAUCAAAAGACUAUGAUUGGUGAGCUGAUUGGUGAUCCAGGACAAUAUGAACGAGAGAUAAUGUACGCCUAUAUAGAUCAGUUGGAUUUCACUGGUACCAAUCUUGUGCAAGCUCUGCGAUUGUUCUUACAUAACUUCCGGCUUUCCGGUGAAGUGCAAAAGAUCGAUCGACUCAUGGAGAAGUUUGCGAGUAGGUUCUGUGAAACGAACCCAAAUGACGAUAUGUUUGCUAGUGCAGACGUUGCCUACGUUCUGGCUUAUUCUAUCAUCAUGUUGACUACUGAUCUACAUAGUUCACAGGUUAAACGGAAAAUAACGAAAGAGCAGUACAUUCAAAUGAAUCGUGGUAUAAAUGACAGUAAAGAUCUUCCAUCUGAAUAUCUUAAAGCAAUUUAUAAUGAUAUUGCACUGAAUGAAAUCAAGAUGAAACAUACACCAAAAGUGAACAGUAGAUACGAUGCUACAUAUUUACAAAGUGAGAAACAUCGUCGUAUGUUGUAUUCUAUGGAAAUAGAGCAGAUGGCGGAAAACGCCAAAACACAAAUGGAAGACGUGAGUCAUAUUCAGACGGAUUUUGUCACGGCGACACAGAUUGGUCCCGUGAAGACAAUGUUCAAGGUUGCAUGGAGUCCGUUUCUUGCCGCGUUCAGCGUCAAUCUACAAGACAACGACGAUCCUUCUGUUGCUUCAUUUUGUCUUGAUGGAAUCCGCUGUGCAAUACGAAUAUCUUGCAUAUUCAGCAUGCCUUUGGAAAGAGAUGCUUUCGUACAAGCGCUAUCCAGGUUCACUUUACUUACUGCGACCAGUGGCACGCAUAUUCAUGAAAUGAAAACGAAGAACAUCGAGACGAUCAAGACACUUCUUACCAUCGCUCAAACGGAUGGUAAUUACAUCGGGAAGUCUUGGCUCGAGAUACUGAAAUGUAUUUCCCAACUUGAAUUGGCUCAACUUAUUGGUACUGGUGUGAAAACGCGAUACCUUCAUACGGCCUUCAGCGGUGUUACUAAUUCACCCACAGCAUUCACCGCAAACAACAAGACAUCUUAUGAUAUAACCUCAGGUCGGAUACCUGUUGCCGCUGACUCGAAAAAAGCGGCUGGCUCACAGGAAGCCAUUGGGGAGACCGCUGCACAAAGUGUUGUUGUUGCAGUUGACAGAGUUUUCACGGGAUCAGUGAAACUGGAUGGUGAUGCUAUCGUCGAUUUCGUGGAAGGUUUACGUCAAGUCUCGGAAGUUGAGCUUUCCAAUCCUACAAUGAUACGUAUGUUUAGUCUGCAGAAGAUCGUAGAGAUUGCUUAUUACAAUAUGGGUCGUAUUCGGCUACAAUGGUCACGAAUAUGGGCUGUGUUGGGAGAUCAUUUUAACAAGUGUGGUUGUAACCCUAAUGAAGAAGUUGCGUUCUUCUGUGUCGACUCUUUGCGACAAUUAUCCAUGAAGUUCUUGGAAAAGGGGGAAUUGCCAAAUUUCCGAUUUCAAAAGGAUUUUCUCCGACCCUUUGAAUACAUAGUGAAGAAAAACAGUUCUUGCACAAUUCGAGAUAUGGUCGUACGAUGUGUCACACAAAUGGUGCAUUCGCAAGCCGCAAACAUCAAAUCUGGUUGGAAAAAUGUUUUCUCCGUUUUUCAUUUGGCUGCGUCCGAUCAUGAUGAAGGAAUCGUGGAACUUGCUUUUCAAACAACAGCCACGAUUUUUGAGAAAUAUUUCUCCGCAACCAUCGACUCUUUCCAAGAUGCCGUCAAGUGUCUCUCGGAAUUCGCAUGCAACGCAAGUUUCCCUGACACGAGUAUGGAAGCAAUAAGACUGAUACGAAAUUGCGCCAAAUUUGUUUCCGAAAAUCCUGUGAUGUUUAAAGACUACGGAGUAGAGGAUGCUGGGAUAUCAGAGCAGGACAGAAUCUGGGUGAAAGGCUGGUUUCCAGUCCUUUUUGAGCUUUCGUGUAUCAUCAACCGAUGUAAACUAGAUGUCAGAACAAGAGGCCUAACCGUGAUGUUUGAAAUCAUGAAAACAUACGGGAACACGUUUCUCCAACAUUGGUGGCGUGAUGUGUUUAAAGUCGUGUUUCGAAUUUUCGACAACAUGAAACUACCAGACAGACAGAUAGAUUGGCAGGAGAAAUCAGAAUGGAUGACAACAACUUGUAAUCACGCUCUAUAUGCUAUCAUCGAUGUUUUUACUCAGUAUUUUGAUAUUCUUGCUGAAAUUCUUCUUGAUGAUAUGUAUGGCCAUCUAGAGUGGUGUGUCAAACAAGAUAACGAGCAAUUAGCGAGGUCUGGUACCAAUUGUUUGGAAAAUCUCGACUUAUCCAAUGGCAACACGUUCUCCGAAGACGUCUGGGAAAAGACAUGUCAAUGUGUAAAGACGAUAUUUGAAUCAACCGUACCUCACGAACUAUUGAAAUGGAGACCCGCUGACCAACAAGUAAUGAGUCUACCCACACCCGAUGUCACUCCUGCGUCAUCACCACUCAAGAUAAUGUCACCUGUCGACCUGGAGGAUGAUAUCGUGCCCAAAUAUCCGGAAGACGAGGACGAACAAGAUGGUCAGCAAUCGUCAAAAGGUUUGAAUGAAACGGAGGAGGAAAUGCCUCAAGAAACAGUUGAAGAAACCAAAGAACAAGACAGCAUUAGUUUACAUAGUACGCCUAGUUUACGAUUUGAACCUGUCGAAGAACACGAACCAGUUGUGCAGACGGAGAGGAUGCUGUUCAAUUCAUUGAUCAUUAAGUGUGUCGUUCAAUUGGAACUUAUCCAAAUGAUCGACAAUGUCGUCUUUUUCCCAAGCACCAGCAAGCGAGAAAAUGAAGAUACUAUGGCUGAAUUACAGAAACUCAUUGCUUAUGGUCAUAUUGUUGGUGAUACACCAGACUCCAUUGAACCAGAGAGGUGUUUAAUUGACAAAAUUAUCGAGACUAUUUGUAGUUGCUUUACCGGUAUAAAUACUGAUGUAAACUUUCAAAUACAAAUUAUAAAGGUGUUUAUAAAAGUAAUGUCAAACUGUUUAAGUAUUUAAUGAGGGAAAUGAUGUAUCCUUGAGUUAUUUAACGAGGGUAACGACAUAUGUUUUUUACAUUUUUAGUCAAAUUUUUUACUAUUUUUAAUAUUACGUCACCUACACCAGAUAUAACAUAAAGUUCACAAAAAAUAUUCUCGUAUUAUAUUGAACUUGCAGGAACGAUGUCUCUUUCAAGGGAAAGAGCUAUUUGUUAUGUAAAUAUAGGAAGAAAUACGCUAGGAAGACAAUUUGAUCUUUUAUAAAAACAGAACAUUAAUUUAAUUUUUAAAGCCUUUAUUAAACUUUCUAUUUUAUGAA